GGUCGGGAUGGCCCCCCACCUGCGCUGACAGCUCCGGCCGUGGCAGGCGGCACCCUGGGACAGCACCAGAGCGGGCGCCGUGCAGCCAGUCCGCGGAGCCCACGGCUGCUCCCACCUGUGUCCCUGUCACAGGCCACGCAGUUUCCUCUCACGUCACCGCUGGCACCACUGCUGGGAACUUCCUGAGCUUCGUCCAUGCCACCAGUGGCAAGGACACAGCCAUCCAUGCCUGCCCCACAAGCACCAGAGCUGCCUCCAAGGCCACUCUGCUGCCACCCUGACCCUGGAAGAAGCUGAGGCCACAUGCCUACCCGCUGCCCGCCCGUGCAUCUGGUGACAGAACCUCCCUGCAGCCUCAGGCCGGACACCUGUGAUGCCAUCUCUAUCUGCCUGUGUCUUUGCGUCUCUGUCUCUGACUCUGUCACCUGGAGGUGACAUUGGUCUGGGCCUCUCAGCCUGUGGUUGCCCAAGACCCCUGCCCCAAGCAGUGCCCCUCGCUGGAGACGGGCGAGGAUGAAGAGGGUGUGACUGGGCCCUGUGAGGGCCCAGCAUGUGUUGGCACCUGGCCGCCCAGAAACCACUGCUCUGCAGGGACGCUGACCUCAGCCGGCCCACAAGCUCAUCCCCGUCCUUUGUCCUUUCUCUGGCCUGCUCUGGCUUUAGGGUGCAGGAGCCGGGACCGGGGCCCCAGUGCCCUGCAGGAGGGAGAGCCCCCAGCUGACUGCAUUGGGACACAAGUUUGGCAGACGGUGCUCAGGGCUCAUGGGAGGGAACUGGCUUUAUGGGAUUGGGGUGGCCCCUGACCUGGUACCCUUGUUCUCGUAAGACAAGGGGCAGGCCACUUGGGGUCAGGUGAAGACCACGUGCUAGGAAGGAGUCCAGCAGGGCCUGCAGGAGCCAGUUUGCCGCCCAUAGGCCCCGUGAGGGGGUGAGCUCCCUGUCACAGGAGGUGUGCGAGCACUGGCAGGAACCACCUGGGCUCUGGGUCCUUGAGGCCCACCCUGUGUGCCCCCUGCACCCACUUCAGACGGACACAGGCCCACGGGAAGCGGGGACAGUGGUUGGGGGCAGGGAGGGCUCUCAGCAUCUGCUUCUGAGGCACACAGGGCAUAGGGCCCGGAUCCCCGAGUGCACGGUGUGGGGUGGGGGUUGCCGCCCCUCUGCACCAAGCAGGGUCUGGGGUUUGGACAGUGCUAGAGAGACUGAGGACAUGCCAUCUUCCACGGGCCACCUUCUGGAGUGUCCCUGGGCAGGCCCGAGGGGCCUGGCAGGGCGUGGUCUGCAGCUCGCUGGGGACAGCACUGGGGAAGGAGGAGGAAGUCCAGGCCCGUGGCCCACGCCUCCGGGAGGAAGCCGCCGGAGUUCCCCAGGUGUGGCCCUGGGUAUAAGUGCUGGCAGCCUCCCCAGGCUCACACUGGGAUCUCGGCAGAGCUGCCGCUACGAGCCAUGCCUGCUGCUGCCAGCACCGCCGCCACGAUGCUCCUCCCUGGCAUCCUGCUUCUGACCCUGCUUCCGGAAAGCCUGGCCAAACGAGACCCUCUUCUCUGGGAGGCCCCACACCUCCAUGGGGCCCCACGCUGCUACUUGGCCGAGGAGCUGCCGCACAGUCAGGCGCCCCCACACCUGCUGGCUCGAAGUGCCAGGUGGGAGCAGGCCCUGCCCGUGGCCCUGGUGCCCACCCUGGAGGCGGCCAGCCCUAAGAGGCCACUCGAGGAGCUCCCAGCCAGGACACAGUGCCCCACGCUGAGCCCUGGGCAGGUGCUGCAGGCAGACACCCAUGAGCGCUCCAUCUCGCCCUGGAGAUACCGGGUCGACACGGACGAGAACCGCUACCCACGGAAGCUGGCGGUGGCUGAGUGCCUGUGCCGGGGCUGCAUCAACACCAGGACCGGCCAGGAGACGGCCGCCCUCAACUCCGUGCCGCUGCUCCAGAGCCUGCCCGUGCUCCGCCGCCGGGCCUGCUCCCCCGGCGCCUUCACGUUCCACACCGAGUUCAUCCGGGUGCCCGUGGGCUGCACCUGCGUCCUGCCCAGGUCGGCCCAGUGAUGCCAGCAGUCCUGGACUCACACAGCCCUGGAGCACCUCUUAUUUAUGUCUAUUUAUUACUAUUUAUCGCCCGGGUGACCCUCUCUGCCUACGGGGACCAUACCUCCCCGUGCCUCCAGGCUUGCUCCUAAGGCUCUCCAGACUCAGUUUACCCUGUCACCAAGAGACUCGGGCUGCAGGGAACUCUCGAGCAUCUUGAAGCAGGGGGGAAAGGCCAGGUGUGGCCGCGCAUGCCCUGUAAUCCCAGCACUCGGGAGGCUGACAGAGGAUUGUUUUGAGGCCAGCCUGGGCUGCAAGGUGAGCUAAAGGCCUCAACGGCACAGCAAGACUGUCUCCAAAGACAAAAAAAUAAAACUAAGGCAUUGUGGGAAAGUGGCUGGCUGUGCCUCUGCCUGGACUCGGGUCUGGGGCUCCGCCACCACGGGGUGGGGGAAAAUCCUGGCUUCCUUGCGGUCGUCGGCUUCACCUGGGAUCUGGGCUGUUAGAGCUCGAGGGCCUGGGCACGCACCGUGACCCCAACACUCAGGAGGCUGAGGCAGGAGGGUCACCUUGUCGGGCGCAGGCGCUCAACACACCCCGCCCGGGAUGAUAAGCCCACGCCAGCUUCCACAAUGCGUUACGUCCCUAAACUAGCCACCCCGUGCGCACCUCGUGCUCACUCCGUAUUCGCCCCGUGCUGACUCCGUGGCAGCUUGUGAUUGGCCAGUCAGAUAUAUAAGCCAGAACCCGCCUCAAUAAAGUGGCAGUUCCUGUUACCCACAA